AUGAGUCAUAUAGCUUAGAUGUCAUAAUAAGUAGCUAAUAUUGCAAUUUAACAAGAAUAAGAUUAAGUAAUUAAUGGUUGGGUUUCAUAUAUCGCAUUAGGUACAUUUCGUAUAGAUGAUGGCCAAUCGAUUGAGUAUUUAUAUCCUCCUGAAGGAGUUAGUGCAGAAGAAAAGAAGAGUAUAGCUAUGAUUAGCUUUCCUGAUACCUAAAGUCUUAACUAAGGGAACGAUUUAAUGAUAGAAUAUUGCUUUAGAAUGAAAAUUAGAGAUUGUUAAUAAUUAGGUUUUGUAUUCUUUUUUAGAAAAAAAGAUCCAAGUACAGAUCGCGGUUAUAUACAAAAGUCGAUAAUUAUCAUAACAAAGCUACCACUUAUUCAUUUUUAUCAGCAUAUAUUGAAUUUACUUGGAGAAUUUUUAUAUGAAAAUAAAACUCCAUACUUAAAUUUAAUAGAGAAAGCAAUAGCUGACAUACAAUAAUGGCCAGACCCAGAAAAUUCUAAACUCUACAAACUUUAGUUCAUGGGACAAAAUUUUACUGUUAGUAUUCCGUAAUAUCUAUUAAAAAAUAGACCAAGCAUUCAGUCAGAAUCUAAUAAUAUUAUAAUUAAACAAAAAGAGUCUUCCAAUCAAAACUCAUAAAAUAAUGUGAAUGAAAAAAAUCAAAGAGAAAACAGCUAAUUUUCAUCAGAAGAAAUGAAUAUAAAUUUGCAAAAAUAGAAAUCAAAUAGCCACAACGACUUUAGACUAAAAAAUAAUUUAUAAUUAAAUGAUAAUAUGCACCAAAAUAUAUAACUCACAAAUACCAGAGAAGAUUAUAAAAACUUAGGAGCUCAUUUUUUCUCUACAAAAAAUACUAACAACAAGAUAGUUUUCUAAGAUCAUCAGUAGGGAUAAAACAUAUAAUAAUAAAAUUAAGAUGAAGUAAAUAGUGAUGCAUAUCCAAAUAUCGAAAUCCGUUCAAAAUAAAGGUCUAAUUCUCUUGAAACACAAUAAGAGUACAGCCUUAACAAAUAAAUAAAGUAAAAAAAUAAUCUCACAGAAAUACUAAAGCUAAAUGAUGCACAGGAGGAAGGUCUUUUUCAAGAAAUAAAUGUAUUUCGACAUGUUUCUUUUAAUAAAUUGCAUCUUUUAUGGCCAAUUUGGGAAAUGAUACUUAUUAACUAACCAUUCUUACUUACAACUAACACUCCAAGUGAAUGCUCAGCAGCUAUAUUAGGUUUUAUUUCAUUGAUUUCUCCUUUAUAAUUUGCAGGAGACUAUCGUCCAUACUUCACAGUUUAUGACACUGAAUAUAAAAAGAUAAACUUGGAAUACGAGUAAAAUAUGCUAAAAAGCUAUGUCCUUGGGACUUGCAACCCACUUUUCCAAAUGACAUUAAAAAAUUUCCCUGUAAUAAUUGGUUUUGAUUCAAAAUCUGAAUAAUAAUAGCUAUUAGAAUCAAAAAAAUCAAAAAAACCAUUGCAAUCUAUAAAGUAUAAUAAAGUGAAAUCAGAAAUAAUUGCUGAUAAUAAAUAAUUAGAAAAGCUUCUUUUAAAUUGUAAUAGUCCAGAAGCUAUGGCAAUAAACAAUACCUUAGUAAGAAAACAUUUUAGAGUACUAACAAAUUAAUUUUUAGACCCUAUUAAUAAAUACUUAGAUGAAUAACCUUCUUAAAUAAAAAUAUUUGAAGAGAAAGCUUUUAUGUAAUAUUUAAAGAAAAAAAAAUCUACUAUAUAACACCUAUACAAAGAAAAGAAUUAGUUAUUUAAUUUAUAUGAAAGGUUUCUAAGAUCCUUAAACUUUAUUAGAUACAUAAAAAAUAGGCCUAAUACUUAUUACUAAAACCCUUUUAUAUAGUAAUUAAGGCAGUGA